AUUAGUACUGAUCCUGAGCACGUCAGCAGGGAUUGAUCCAGCUGGUAGCUCAUGCUGACCUCGAGGACAUCACCACACUAACAAACACAUGUUUGUGUACUUUGAUACCUGGGAAGUCCCUCAUUGACUCAAUGUAUCUCAGAGAUCACAUAUUGCCCACUAAAUCUCGGUUUCUCGUGAUGAACCUACUGUAUUCAGUCUGUGCGCUGCGGGUUUUUUUUGUCUCAUCUCAAUGCUCGUCCGACCCUUUGAUUCUGUCAUCGUUCCAAGAAAAGCUUUUUCAUGACUUCCUCUGCAACAGACAGUCGCACCUCACUCGGCAUCCUCUGCUUUUUCAGCAUUUAGCGAAACCACCCCGCAACAAAACACAGCUUUGUCGUCAGUGCUGUAGCGACCAUGCUGGUAGCCUUCACCUUGGCCUCCCUGAGCCUCUCUGUCUGGGCGUCUGACCUCUGCCCCCCAAUCUGCCAAUGCCUCCACAAUUUCACCACUGUUGUGUGCCAGGACAAAGGACUCGAGCGGAUCCCCGAGCUGCCGCAGGGCACAGAGCGGCUGUACGUGCCAUACAAUGCGAUAGAGGAAAUACCGCGGCAGGGGCUGGAGGAGCUGAAGGUCCUGGACCUGACUAAGAAUCAGCUGACUGCCUUCCUAUCCCUCAACCCAGUUUGGCCAAAUAUGGCAAAGUUGUUGAAGCUCUUCCUACGCGACAAUGACCUGAGGUCUCCACACCCUGGUCAGUUUCUAAACUGCCCCGCUCUCACCAUACUCGACCUGAGUGAGAACCAGAUUGAACAUCUGCCGACUGGAUGCCUCCGCGGAUUAGCUAAUCUGAAGACGUUGUUCUUGAACUUUAACCAAAUUCAAACGUUACAGGUUGGUUUAUUGGAAGGGGCCUUCGCCCUGACUGAACUCAACCUUAGCCACAACAAUAUAGGAAACAUAGAGGAAGGUGUGUUCAGGAACUCCAUUGCGUUGGAGAAACUCGUUCUAUCCAGGAAUAGAAUCACAAGCGUGGGCGAGGCCAGCUUCAGAGGAGCGACGGGUCUCCAGCAGCUUGACCUGAGUGGGAACUUGCUGGCCGCUGUUCCGGCUGAGGCAUUGAGGGGUGUGGACGGCCUCAGGUAUCUGCAUCUACAGAUGAACAGCCUCACAGACCUUCAAGACGAUUGCUUCUUCACAUUGGGCAGAUUGGUUCAUCUAGACUUGAGCAACAACAAGCUGACCAGUCUGUCAGAGGGGUCACUGAGAGGCCUGACUGCGCUGAGUGAACUGGACCUCAAUUCUAACCGCAUAGAUUUCCUACCUGCGAAGGUCUUCAAGGACCUGACCAACCUCACGUUGCUUGAUUUGUACAGCAACCAACUGACAACUCUUCCUUCGGACGUGUUUAGCAGCUUGAACAACCUGCAGGACCUGCAGCUGGACUGCAAUCAGAUCUCCGACAUACCAGUAGGGGUGUUUGAUUCCCUUCUAGGACUCAAUGAGCUACAGGUGUCGAACAACCGGAUCCCGAAUCUCCAACCGGCUCUGUUCAACGAGCUGAAGUCACUGCAGAACCUGAACUUGGAACACAACGCUCUUAGUCACCUUCCCAACGGCCUUUUCCACAAGCUGAGGGCCCUCAAAGAGCUCCACCUCAAUGACAACCACAUCAGGUCCAUAGAUGCCUCAAUCUUCCACCGUUUGGUGAAAUUAUUUUUGCUGAACCUCUCUCGCAACAAUCUCACCUUUCUACACCCGGACCAGUUCAGAGACCUCACAGGUUUGAAAGAGCUUAGACUAAAUGAAAACCACAUAGCCAACCUCCAUCCUACAGGCCUGUUCCGGAUCCUGACAAAUCUUAGCACACUGGACCUGGACAAUAAUCAGAUCUCAGAGCUGUCUCCCGAUGACUUUGUCGGGCAGACGCACCUUAAAGAGCUCAGAUUGAGCUCCAAUCAACUCCGCAACAUACCACCCAACACCUUCGAUCCACUCCACUCGCUCCACAAGCUUCAGCUAAAGCACAACAGCCUGACUAGUUUACACCCUCAGCUCUUCGCUGGACUCUCAAAGCUCACAGACCUCAACUUGGAGGGGAACAAGCUGGGUCACCUGCAGCCGGACGCAUUCCGAGGACUCACAAAACUCCAGCGAUUGAGCUUGAAGAGCAACCAGCUGAGAGCAGUGGAGAACGGGACCUUGGAGCCUUUGGGACAGUUGAGCUCGGUGUAUCUGUCAGGUAACCUGUGGGACUGCACCUGUGCACACAUCCUCUACAUCAGCAGCUGGGUACACACGCACAGAGAGAAGCUCAGGGACCAGCCUGUUUGUUUCGUCUCCUCUUCUUCACACUCAACCGAGGAGCGACCGCUUUCCAAGGCAGCUGUGUCUCCCCGUCAGUUGCACGAUGACUGUGUCGCAAAUUCUGCAAGCGGCUCUUCGCUUUCGUGCUCACGACUCUUCCUCACAGUCAUGGGCCUGCUGUGGCAACUUCUGUGGUUUUGUGUUCUCUGAAUGAUUCUUCCUGCCUUUGCUUUUCAAGGCUUUUUGCACCCUGACCUCAAUAUAGCGAGUUUGACUAUGUUUGAAUAUGUUUGACUAUGUAUUUAAAUGAUUCUGCAGAGGUGUCAAUGAUUUAAUUGACAAAGGAUGAGGAUAAUAGAUUAAAUGUGGAUGUUAGCAGACGUGAUUUUGGUAAAACAAAUAAGUGGUGCAGUUCCAACUUGUAAAGUGGUAUAAAGCCUCAACAUAAGACAACAUGGACAGUUUCGUAAUUCACUUCACCUCUUUGUACAGCUUGUGAUCCUGCACACUGUGAUUAAAUGAG